AUGGAUUGGGUGGCGCGCAGCAUUGGCUUCUUCCAUGUCCCUGACAUGACUGGCAAGCUGGCCAUCGUGACUGGCGGCAACAGCGGCAUCGGAUGGCAGGUGGUCAAGACACUGGCCAAGAACAAUGCCACUGUGAUCAUCGCGUCGCGGGACAAGGGCCGCAUGCAGACGGCGAUAGAGUCCCUGUGGAAGGAGGACCCUGCUGCUGCCAAACAUGUCAGCUACAUGUGA